UCCGUCUGUUUCCUGAUGGGAGCCUGUGGGGAAUGUGGCUUUUUUUAUUUUUUAUUUUUUAUUUCCUGCUGCUGCUUCUUCUUCUUCCAGUUUCUGGCUUGUCCUGUCCUCACUGUUCUGCCUUCUUCUUCUUGUUCUUCUUCUUCUCCUCCUCCUUCUCCCCUCUGCCUUCCCUCCCGCCCUUUCAGUAAAACCAUCAAGGUGAAAAUAAUUGAUGACGAGGAGUACGAGAAGAACAAAGCCUUCUACAUUGAGAUCGGAGAGCCUCGCCUGGUGGAGAGCAACGACGCCAAAGGUCAAGAAGAGGAGGAAAAGCCAAAGGCAGAGGGGGAGGAAGAGGAGCCCCUGACAGGGAAGGAUGAAGAGGAGCGACGUAUAGCAGAAAUGGGCCGUCCCAUGCUGGGAGACCACGUCAAACUGGAGGUCAUCAUCGAGGAGUCGUACGAGUUUAAGAACACGGUGGACAAGCUGAUAAAGAAGACCAACCUGGCUCUGCUGGUGGGAACCAACAGCUGGAGAGACCAGUUCAUCGAAGCCAUCACUGUCAGCGCAGGUGAGGAUGACGACGACGAGGAGUGCGGGGAGGAGAAACUGCCGUCGUGCUUUGACUACGUCAUGCACUUCCUCACCGUCUUCUGGAAGGUUCUGUUCGCCUUCGUCCCGCCCACCGAUUACUGGAGCGGCUGGGCCUGCUUCGUCGUGUCCAUCUGCAUGAUCGGACUGCUCACUGCCGUCAUCGGGGAUCUGGCUUCUCACUUUGGCUGCACCGUGGGCCUCAAGGACUCCGUCACUGCGGUCGUAUUUGUGGCGCUGGGAACGUCUGUGCCAGAUACAUUUGCCAGUAAAGUUGCAGCCAUACAAGAUCAGUAUGCAGACGCCUCCAUUGGCAACGUGACAGGCUCCAAUGCCGUCAAUGUGUUCCUGGGCAUCGGGGUGGCGUGGUCCAUUGCUGCCAUCUACCACAACAGCAAGGGCCACGAGUUUAAGGUCGACCCCGGCACUCUGGCUUUCUCCGUCACACUCUUCACCAUAUUUGCCUUCAUCUGCGUCGCCACCCUGAUGUACCGGCGGCGGCCGGAGAUCGGCGGGGAGCUUGGUGGGCCCCGGACUGCGAAGGCCCUGACCACCAUGCUGUUCUUCAGCCUGUGGCUUCUCUACAUUCUCUUCUCCUCACUGGAGGCCUAUUGCCACAUCCAAGGCUUUUAAGAGAGCGAGCGGAAGAUCCCGAAGAGAAGGGUGGGACAGAGGAACCGGAAGGAUAGAAGAAAGGGAAAAUAAAGGAACGGAUUCUUGGAAAUUUAAGGUUGUCUUAUUGAUCUAUUACUCCCUCCCUUUGUGCAAUACGUUAAAUGACAAAUGAAUGGAUGUAUGUACAGGUGAAGGACUUUCAGGUGCACUCAAGCAUCUAAAAACGCGGUGAAAGGAAGCAAAGGCGCGCGGAAGGACAUCAUACUUGAGAAUUAUAGCCACUACAGAAAUUACUCAACUGAUGGCAAAAAGGAAUAUAAAACAGAAAAAAAAAAAUUCUCCCCUUACUCCACAAAUCCUCACGCAUCAAGCUGUCUUGACCAAAUUCAUGUUUAAACUCAUAAGACAAACUUACUGACAUGCACAGAUGUGAAAAAUGUCUUUUCUCCCAGAUGAAUCAGACAUAUUUCAAAUAUUCAGCCCGAUCAUCAGUGCUCCAAGUGUGAUGAUGUGGCCUAAAUGGAAGACCUCCUCAAGUCGGAGCAAUGAUUCUCUUGUUGUCCAGCUCCAAAAUAAAAUGUUAGUGCGUGCGCAACACACAGUAAGAACAAACCGGAUUCUCGGCCACAUCCAAGUAUCGACAACAAUCUGUGUGUCUGCAGGAGUAGGAGGGUGUGUUUAUGUGCUUAGGCGCGGUAGGACGAUGGUAAACUACUGUGAAAAAAAAAUGCCUCUUGUUUUUGCUGUUGCUGCAUUAAGACAAAAAUGCUAUUGUACUCGAGGUCCUCUUGACUCUCGCGGCUUGUAGAAAAUGCUGAAUUGGGAAUUUCUGUUCUGGGAGGGGCCCGUUCCGUGUGGCGAAACUUUGAUCAUCGCCGGGGUGGCACGUGUAAAUACUCUGAGGCGGACGCACGUUUCAACUCGAUUGAUUUCGUUCUGAAUGUCUUGGUUAAUGCUGCACGCCUCAGCCCCCUCCACCCCCUCGAAGGGCCCUUCGUUCUUGUUGCUUUAUACUGUAGAUGUAGAUGGUUUAAGGUCCUUUCUCAAUCAAAGUUGGUGGUGGGGGUUAAUGUGCUUUUACCUUUAAUAAGGCCAUGUCUGAGAAGACACGCUGGCCACUCUACCGUUAAAAACUGUUAGAGAAACCAUAGUCGUCGCAUUAAUAUCAAAGUUAAUCUUUAUUGUUUUUUGUUGUUGUUUUUUUUAACACUGUGGGAACGUCUUAUUUUUCCCACAGCUGAGAUUUCCACAACCAUAUUUCAGUGAAAUCAUUGAAAAUCAUACAUGCAAAUAUCUGCAAAACCUGAUGGACUUUCUGUCAGAUCUGUUCGACACGGUUUGACUCUCUAAAACAAGUUUGGACAACAUCCCUUCUCCUAAGCAACCCGGUGCCGGUUGUCCGGUGAACCGUUUGAAUACUUCUAAUAUCAAGGGCUUUGUUACAACAAAAUACUAAUUCCUGAUUCUGGCUUUUGGUUUAAUCAUUCUUAAAACAGAUGUACAUUGGUCAACGGCGAGGGCAAUGUAACACAUGAUGAUGAACUUUGUUGACUCUUACUUGAUAGAACUUUGCUUCAGAGGAGAAAGUAUUGAGUCUAGUACUAAGAAGUGCUUGAUUAUUGUCUCGAUUUGCUCAGAUCAAAAUCACAUCCCUAGUUGGGUCCUGUCCCAUUUCGACUAACGCUGUUGGUCUUUCUUUAAGCUACGUCAACUCAUAACACGGCAUAGCUCCCUUCAGUCUGAAUCACAACGGAGUUUAACUACAAGGCAGUUGCCAUUUUUUUCAUAAGUGUCUAUUUUGUAAGACCAAAUAUUUAGUCCAAACAUAAAAGCCAGUUGAUGAGAGAGAGAAAAAUAGGAUAAUGUACAAUUUUAAUAACCAGAUUGUUGCCUUGCAAAGGUGAUGAUGCGCCUAAAUGAUUUCAGUGUGUUGUUUAUAUGUUCAGACUGUUGAACAUAAGACCUUUAUGUCUCUGAUUCACUGGUAGAAUUCUAAAAGGAAAAAAAAAAGUCCAGUUUUACUUAAUAACGUAGGACCCAAAUGGUUGUCCUAUAAAUUCUGUUAUUACUUUGACUAAAUUUAAAACUAGCCACACUUCUAAGGAAGCUAAGAGAAGAAUUUCAUUGUCUGAUUGCAGAGAGGCAGUGGUCCAAAUGACAAAAAAAAAAAAAGAAAAUUACAUUAAAACAUUAGUUUUACUGUCCGUUCAUUCUACCUACCUGACUUUGCAAAACUAAUCAAAACUCAUCCAAAACCAGACAUUAAAACGGUGAACAUACCCUCCGAGAUGUUGGUGUUAAACUUUACAUCAACAGGAGGAAACAAAGAAGCCCAAAAUAUUAAUAAGCCUAAUUUGACUGUGAGAAGUUUAGACUCAGACUGUUAUUUUAUUUAUUCAGCUACAACCAUAAGGAUCUCAGCGUACACACACUUGUACUAUAGCACUACUUUAUGCAACUUAAUUGGCAAGUAUUUCCCAUGUGAGAUGUUUUUUUUUUUUUGUUUGUUUUUUUUACUUGAUGUACAAUAAACAGUAUUUUAAAUUUUAUCUGUAAAAUAAUUAGUCUGGACUAGAUGUAAACCGUUGUAAACUUAGCAGUAAUUUUGUCGAAGACCGUUGUCGAUGCCAGUGAGAGUCGAGCAGAGGCCUUCAUUGGAUGUAAAUCCAGAGAAUUUUGAAGGACAUUAUAAAUGUUCUAAGUUUUAUAAAACAACUGAGUAGAGUUGUAGACAAUUAGCUGAUAGUAGAGGACGUUUGAUCGGAUAAAGAUCCAACAACCUGGCUCAAGACAGCCAUUUGCGUUGCUAAUGAAACAAAAUGGCAGAGGAAAAAAACCCCAACUCUGGAAUAUGAAAAGCUCUGUAUUAGACAGCAGUUGUCGUAUGAAGCCUUUGGAGUGGCAGUUUACCCCUAUUUUGCCAAAGGGACAUCUUUCUAUCAGAAAUAUUUGUAACCCAUCCAGUAAAUGGUUUUCUAAUCAACAUCUCUUUCCAAAAAACACCAAAUAUAUUAUCACCUUUCUUUAAGGAGCUACAGGAAAUGGGUGUUGUUUAAACCUUUCUAGGUCAAUUUUUUAUGUAUUUGUCUCUUCACUGGCAUGAAGCUGAAGGUUUAUACACUGUAAACAACUUAAAAUGAAGUUAUGCUAGCACGUGAAAAAAAAAAAAAAAUGUAAGAAGCUGCAUUAACUUUAAAUGACUUCAAAACAUGAAUUUUCUUAGAUGUUCCAGAAAGUCUACAGGAAUGAAGCACUUGCAACAAUGCAGUUUUUUCUUUUUUUUUUUUUUUAUGCAUUCAGACCAUCAGUUGCACAAUUUUACCAGAAGCAAACGUUUUUCUUUCGCUAAAAGGCGAGCGUUCUCUCUUGCAACACCAGCAUUGUUGCACACGGUUUCUAUAUGCCUACCUUGACUGGCGGCCUUGGCUAACGUGAAGCUAAAGGGAGCGGUUCUCACCAUCAGAACCAAGGUGGGGAAGCUAAUUUACUGGCUAAAUGUUUAGCGGCAACCAGCAAGUCUGCUAGUCAUGACUGUAAAUACAAAACAGGCAGUUGUUUUUUUCUUUUUUUUUUAAUUCUUUAGCCUAUUUUUCUUAGCAAAUAAUUGCAAUAGCUCUCGAGUUAGCUUCUUGGCUUAGGCCUGCGAGUAACAAGUCUAGAACACAAAACAAAAGCAAUGAUGGAUUAAACAAAUGAGCUGUAGACUGCAGUCAUUUUUGGGUGUUUUUUUGCUGUUCAAUAGUAAGAUUUUAAUAUGAAGGAAAAACCUUGCACUGCUUCAUGUUGCCAAGUGAAACGGCUACAGAACCGUUUCGCUAGCAGAGUUGCUUUUGCUGUAAACAGAUUUUUUUUUUGUUCUGACUGAUUUACACAGUAAUUACAAUGUUCUUGUAAAAAAAAAAAAAUAACAAUAAUAAUCCAGUGGUGUUGAAUCAGUUGUUAACCAUUAAUAAUGUUGCUACUAAUGUAAAAGUUGAUAUGUCUCUGUUGCCUAAUUUACUCCUUAACUGACCGACUGUCUGACAGACUGAGAAAUAAAUACAUGCAACACUGGACAGUCAAAGGAACGAGGGGAAAGGAAGGACGGAAGGACGGACACCCCCUCUGGUACGAGAUGAGCAAAGAAAUGUACUGCUGGGAUUUAAGUAAAAAAAGGAAAAGAAAGUUACCAAGAGUUAUUGUCUACCUUUAAAGCAACAUUUAACAAAUAAAAUUACAGGAUGCUAACAAAGAGUAGACAGAAUGAAAAAAAAAUAUGUGGAGGACGAAGUUGAAAAUAAAAAUAAAUAAAUAAUGAAGUUACAGCCAUACAUUGAUUUCUGGGCCAGUGAGACAAUGGACUCCUUCUGCCCAGCAUGUGUAUUGUUAUGAAGUCUUAUCUGUCCUCGUGUGUUUUCAUUCCCUUCCCCUUUCUUUCUUUCUAAAUGUCCUGCCAAAAGUAACCAAACACAGGCAGUAAUCUUUGUUAAACUUCCUCCCCCGAAAAGCCACCGUUUCUCCCUAUGCCAAGUUUUCCAUGUUUUGGAAUGUCGAUGUGCUACUUGUUGACACUGUGCAUGAAUGAUGACAUGCCUGUACAUAGUUAUAGAGAAUCGUAUCCCAUUCCUGUGGUGUUUGACGGGAAGAAGUCUGAAUGUUGUACAGAUUUGGAUCUUUCCGUUGAUCUUCUUCUUGGUUACGGUUUGGUGUAGAGCUAACAUUUUGAUUUUUUUUUUUUUUUUUGUUGAUUCAAACAAAGCUGCAGAGUCUCUGAAUUAAUUGCACAUUAUCAUUAACCGAGAUUUAUGUUUCAAAAAAGAAAAAGGCAAUAUCUGCUGUUAUUGAAUGAGAGAGGAGAUAGCGGAGUUAUAUAUCUUAAAUCUAUAUGACAGUUGCAUGGGUUAUUUGUAAAAAA